UUUUUCUUUCACUGAUUCUUUCAACUUUUCAUGCAUAUAAGUAUCCAUGUCAUUUGAUACAGAAGACGACUUAUGGCAAAAUACAACACAAAACGGUCUAGAUUGGUCAUCCAACAAUAAUAACCAUACAGACUUGAUGGUACCUAGUAAUACAAUGACUUCUUCCUUACUAACAAAUCAUCAUCAUUCACAACAACAACAACAACAACAUCCCAUGUCAUCAUCCACAUCACCACCAACGCCUACCAGUACAAACAUCAACACUAGUAUGACAACUAACAAUAUAGCAUCAUCCUUUUCAUCAUCAUCAUCAACAACAACAAACAAUGAAACAAAGAUCACUCAUCCAGAAUGGGGAGUGAUGAAAGAUCAAGAAUUCCAUCCCUUGGCUCAUAAACAUCAACGAGAUCUUGAAAAUAUUUAUCAAUCUAAUUCUGCCUUGUCUGAUUUUUACUUUUGGCAAGCCAGUCUUGGUGGUUAUUGUAUGGCUGAUAUGGUACAAAACAUUGUUGUGUCUUCUGAUCAAGCUUUUGUCUUGGUACGACAAAUCGUUGAUGGGCCUCCUCCACCGGGUAGAAAGAAAAAGGGGAAAAAUAACAAGAUAUGAUCAUCAUCAUCAUCCGCAAAAAAAAAAAAAAAAAACAAAAAAAAAAAAAAAAAAAAAAAA